AUGGUCUCACUAUUAUAGUAUUGUUAUAUUCGAUUCAAUUCGCACCAAUUAUUUGCUGUUUAAAAUGUCUGCAGGGGUUCAAGAACGCCUGCAAUUGAGUCGAGUUCCGCUGGACACUUGGUCGAAGCGUGAGCAGCUCAUCCUUGCGUCUGCGGUUUCCUGCAGCGGCGACCAAAACUGGAUAACGGUGAGUCGCACGCUAAAGGCGAUUUGCGGCAACGGCAAUGGAAGCGGCGGUGGUCCUAAUAACCACAGCCGACCUGCGGAUUGGUUUUCCCAGAAGAACUGCGCCGUCCAGUAUGGCAAUCUUCUCGAGAGCGUAGAGGCCACUAAGCGUAAGAAACGUAGUAGCGAGAGUAGCGCCGGAGUCUCUUCGCCGGCCACAGUGGAAACGCCAACGGAACUUCUUCUCAAGCGCCUCACAGAAGAACGACAGGCGGAGAUUAAGGCCCAAAUGCGCCAUGAUCAGGAGACUUAUCGUCGCAUCCAACGUGAGAUUGAUUCCCUGCAAUCAAAUGCUGUGUCCGAACAAGAACUGCAGGAAAUGUGGCUGGAUAUAGAGAAGGAGCAGGAAACGCGGCGCAUCGAGGAGAUGAAGUUUGAAAAUCGCAUGCGGGAACGGGAGCAGCGGAAGAAAGAUUUGGCUAGCAACUGGCGAAAUAGCAGUCCUGCCCCCAGACGUCCCAACCAAACUACGGACACGACUUCUGUAGACAUGGACGUGGAGGAUAUAAAUAGUAGUGGCAAUGGAAUGGGAAAACAGCAAACGGGACCAUCCCCUCUACUCACAUCUCUUCUAAAAUCCCCUACAGGCAAUGCUCCUGCCGCGCCCAUUACAAGUGGAUCAAGUGCAGCUGCAGCUGGAACUGGUAGCGUCGCCAGGGUCACAGCACCGACAAUUACAUCCCUCUUAACUAGUGGCGCCAGUUCCUCCGUUUCCAAUCAGCCAGCCAUCACCAUGAAGAGUCCCACAGAUGCUGCUUUCAUGUCUCGACCUAUUAGUGGACCUCCGGUUAACGAGGCACUCACUCCAACAACGCCCACUCUGGAACGGAGUCCUUCCCAGUCGGCACCUACCCUCUCCAUGCUGCUUGAGAAGAAUAAAGCAGCUGCGAAGGUUAAUGAAGGCGGAGUAUUGAUAAGACCCGAGGGUUCAGGAGGACAGGAGCAGACAUUAGUGGAUGACACAACAGGGGCGACCACUGGCACAGUAGAUUCCGAUGAGGCUGAUCCCAACGAAGACCAGCUGUUGGAAGUCUUUCAAAAUAUUGACGAGAUAAUCGAUGACAUCGACAUAGACAUGGCCAGUGUCAUUGAUGAAGAGAUUCUAAAAGGUGUAGAGGACGCCGUGGCAUCUUCUUCAAGCGACAAGGCCGAGGUCAUUGACUUUGAGGACAAGUUGGAUGCUUUGAAGCGCGAGCAAAGUAAGAGUUCACCGGCCAAUGAUAAACCAAAAUCGGUUGAAUUGGUGAUUGGAUCAAGCGAUGACUCAAACGAUAAUAUACCAUUGGCUGCUGUAGCAUCUCAGGAAAGCAAAGAUCGUGGUCAGUCAGGUGGGGAAUCUUCUCAUGGUACCGAGGAAGCAGAGUCUGAACCUUUGGCCAGCGAGAUAGCGGUGGAAGAGAUUGGUGAGACCAUCACAAUCAUCAGCACUUCUAGUGAGGAUACCGCAGGCUCACCACCUACUAAAAUUGAGGAUGAAGUGACAAUCGAUUCCCAUUUAAAGAAAGAGGAAGCCAAGCAGGAGAAAUCCGUAAAGGAAACUAGUUCCCGAAGCAAAGAUGAUACACGAGAAACCGCAGAAAAAGCCCGAUCUAUUGAAAACCAAUCCACUGCAGAAGCACGAAGCAAAACAGGCAAAGAUACGAUAGAGAAACCUUCAACAAUUGAGGAAAAGGUCGCUACACCUUUGACUCCUGUUUCCGUUCCCGUUCCUGGAUCUCUGCAGGACACUGAUGAAGAGUCGUCCUCCCUAACAGACAGUAGCAAGCAGGAUGACCAGCCAAGAAGUGCAAGAGCGAAGACCUCAACAUCGAAAUUGACAGUGGACGACACUAAGUUGGAGAUGGAGUUAAGUGGAACACCUCAACCUCCCUCUGCCCCAGCUCGUACUCCAUUGUUACGAAAGCUACCACACCGAGAUCGAUCCGAGAGUCCAAUGGUGGAUGAUGAUGCCACUACCGCCAGUGAUCAUUCGACAGCUAGGUCCACCCGACGUAGAUGCUCCUCCACGCCUGUAAUUGACAGUAUACCCAACUCUCCCGCCUCUAGCGAGCACACAGAUGAUCGAAGAGAAACGCGAGCCGCUUCCAAGAAACUCUUUCUCUCCAUUUAUGCCAUGUUGCAGGAUAGUAAGCAUGCAGCCCCAUUUAAGCGUCCCUUCCAUGACGAGCACUCCCAGCGACAUGCCGAUCUCUGCCUGCGACCUAUGGAUUUGCCCACCAUCAAGCGGAACAUCGAUUCGGGAUUGAUUCGCAGUUUGAGCGAGCUGCACAGGGAUGUCCUUCUGAUGGCCCACAAUGUUCUGGUGGCCUAUAAACCCCAUACAAACCAGCACAAAACGGCGCGUUUGUUCGUGCAAGACUGUCAGGCGAUCAAGGAGUUCUCACCAAUGUCGGACACGCAGAUUGCAGGGAUCACGGCUACGCCGGUCAGCAACAGUUCCCGAGGAGAGAAAUCAAUCGGAAGCAAGGCCCGGAGCGGCUCUCGAAAGAGUCAACGGCAUCAUUAGUUUCUUUUCAUUAUUUUAUACUCUCAAUGAUGGGUGAAUUUAAAAUCGAUACAUAAAAUGCCCAAGAGAAAAUAGUUAUUAAAUUAAUGAUGUAAGUCCUGGAUUAAAACAUAAACUAAAUAUAAAAAAAAUUGAUAUAUAAGGACGUCAUAGCAGAGCAUAAUGUAUCUGCUAACUGAAGUCUUUCUGUCGAUGCUCUUGUAAUUAUUUCACUACGGAAAUAUAUUCUCCCAUAACAAUUGA